AUGGACGACGAUUUAGUAUUGAAUUUCGCAUCAGUGGAUUCAGAGCCUGGUAGAAACAAUGUCACAAAGAGCUCAUUGCUAAACCGACUAAAGGGAAGUUGGAAGGCCAGAAGACUUCGAGCUCAAAAGAUUGUACACCGUAAUUAUAAAGCUGAUCAUCCUACUGCUGCUCCCGCUACUGGAUCUGAAGGCAAUGGCCCAUCAUCACCGGCAGCAACUGAUUCAGAUGGCAAGAUCAUCAAACGACAGAAAACGGGUCAUGACAAUGACACUGUGAUUCCAAGACCAUCUAUAAAUAGCAGACCAGGAAAGAAGACAGUCACUAUAUCAUCUCUAUUUACAUCAAAUCCAACAUCUAAUGUCUUGUUUGCUGCCCAACUCGCUGCAAGCAGACAAGAACACGGUGUCAUGUCAACUGCUGCCUCGUUUGAAGAAAUCGGUCUAGAUCCAGUAUUGACGAGGAAUCUGUCAACACGAUAUUCAAUCACUGUGCCAACGCAAAUCCAGAAAAUUGCUUUGCCAGCUCUCAUAUCGCCCACAGCAGACCAUGAAUCGGAUGUAAUCAUGAAGGCUCAAACGGGGUCUGGAAAGACAUUGGCGUACAUGCUACCAAUUAUACAUAAACUGCUGAUUUGUGAAGAUCAGGGGUUUACACCGGAUAGAACGAUGGGACUACUUGCAUUGAUACUGGCACCAACUCGUGAGCUGGCACAUCAGAUAUAUGCUGUGCUAGAAAAAGUAGUGUCGUAUCCAGCUUCCCUCGUACCUAAACGUCGUCAUUGGAUGGUACCGGGUAUACUAGCCGGUGGUGAAAAGAAGAAAUCGGAAAAGGCACGUCUUCGUAAAGGAAUACAUGUACUGGUCGCUACUCCUGGUCGUCUCCUAGAUCACCUACGCACAACAGAGGCCUUUCAAACUAGUGGUAUUAGAUUCGUAGUGCUGGAUGAAGCGGAUCGUCUCAUGGAUUUAGGGUUUGAGAAGGAUUUGACUGAUAUAAUGAUGAUUCUGGAUGCAAGAAUGAGUAAAGCUAGUAAUGAUACUCGGCCCUCGAUUCGUGGAUGGCCUCGUGGUCGCCAAACGCUACUGUGCUCUGCUACUGUCAGUGAACAGGUAGAUGCGUUGACCAAGAAGGCACUCAAAAAUCCUAUAUUUUUGGAUGGUGGACGUGGUGAAGGUGAUGAAGUCAUUAAAAAGGUUGAUCUCGCUGUGGAGAGUAGCAUUAAAGCCAAAUCUGCUGAUGAUGCUGAUAACGACGAUGAAGACGACGAUGAUGAAAAAGAUGAAACAACAUCAGCCGCAAAGAAACCAUUCGUCGAAGAAUCUCUAACAAUACCCAGUCAACUCGAUCAAACGUACAUAAUCGCACCUGCCAAACUUCGAUUAGUGACGCUAGUUGCUCAAUUAAAGGUCUUGGCUGCUUCUUCAAAGGAUACUUUCAAGGCUAUAGUAUUCAUGUCGUGUAAAGAUUCUGUUGAAUUCCAUCAUCGUAUACUUGGUCAGCCUCACGAAGUGGAUAAUAAUGAUGAAACAAGUAAUGGUGGUGGUGGAAGACGAUAUGGUAGUAAUAGCAAUAGAGAUGCUGAUGCACGUGGCGGUAAUGGUAAUGGUCGUGAUCGACAAGGCACUGAUGGUGACCAAACCACUGAUACUGACCCAAAAAAGAACGUUGCUGACAGACGAAACGUCCAUGAUGACCGACGUAUAGAUACCACAGAGAAAAAGACAGGUACACCAGCCGACCUGACAGCCAUAAAAGUAACCACCCCCGAAAUCGGCAUCCCCACAGCCCACAUCCCAAACACUCUCCUAUACAAGCUACACGGAGACCUGCCACAUCCGGCCCGAAUGGCCUCCUUCAACCACUUCAAAUCCCAAAAUCGAGCAAUCUUAUUCUGUACAGACGUCGCAGCUCGUGGUCUAGACCUCCCCGAUAUAUCCACCAUCAUCCAGUACGAUGCGCCGUUUGAUCCAAAAGAAUACGUGCACCGUGUAGGUCGUACUGCUCGUAUGGGACAUGCUGGUAGAGCAGUCUUGUUUCUGCUACCGUCAGAAGCUGAGUAUGUAAAUGUGUUGACUGGGAUGGGUAUCUCGCUACGUCAGGUUGUGAAUGAAGAUGUGCUUAAAGAGGCGUUCUUGAAGCCGUAUAAGAAGAUGCUGAAGGCACAGUAUGCUGCUGCUGAUGGGACAAGGCCACGGAUAGAUAGGUCUAGGAAGCUCACGUUUGAGGAUUUGACUACGGAUUUGCAAAUGGAUUUGGAGAGAUUGGUCGAAUCUGACAAGGAGGUCGCCGAACUAGCCAAAAAGGCAUACAAGUCACAUCUACGUGCCUACGCUACACACACGUCACUUCAAAAGCACAUGUUCCAUAUAAAACUUUUACAUCUAGGCCACAUGGCUAAAUCCUUUGGGUUACGUGAUGCACCAGCCGACAUCCAUAUGCCUGGAUCGUCUGGAUCGUCAUCCGCAAAGAAGAAAGCAUACUCGUCUUCUCUAUCAGCUGCAGCAGGCAAAGCUGCCGGUCGCAGAAUCAUAAAGAAGGGACAAAAGGGUGCCAUCAAGGCCAACUUUAAGCCGAUACGUAAGGAUAGUGUGUAUGCCAUUACAAAGCAGAAGCAGCCUAUGAGUAUUACGAGUGAGUUCGGUGAUGGUGGAAGUGGUGUUUUGAGUGCUCGUCGACUGAAACGUUGA